AAAUUCGAGCUGGUACCUUGCACAGAGGCAAGGAUGAAAAGCAGAGCAUGGAUGAAGGCACACCUUAGCCUACACGCAUCUGCGACUCAGCAUAACACAACAGUUCGGGCUAUUUAAACUAUCCUCCACAUUCCCUCCCUUCCAGACUCCAUCACCUGUGAGAGCCCAACUGACGUUGUAGAAUAGAAGCAGCCAAAGUCCCAAGACUUCCAUCUCCAGUUUUGUAGCUCAGACUGGAAUCCACAACUGAGAAGCAACAUGCCACCUGCACUGUCUCUCACAACAGCCCAUCUUCCCAUCUGCAAGUCCCAGGAGGUCUCCAAAGAGAACACCAUCAAAACUCCCCUUAGAGGAGGGAGUCCAAAUCAGAGAGCACUCCUAGAUGUCAAUCUCGGCAGAAGGAAGCUACUAAAAUCUGCUGGCCUGGGACUUAUAGGUACUGGCUUUGCCGCAGCUCGGCCAACAAAGGCUGAGCCAGAAAGCCCUCAAGAGUCUACUUCCAGCAGGAUGUCAUACUCGAGAUUCUUGCGGUACUUGAAUGAAGGAGCAGUGAAGAAGGUGGACCUGUUCGAGAACGGCACCGUUGCCAUCGCCGAGAUCUCCAACCCAACCCUGAAUAAAAUUCAGAGAGUCAAAGUGGAGCUGCCUGGGCUGCCGCAGGAGCUGCUGAGGAAACUGAAGGAAAAAGAUGUGAAUUUUGCUGCUCAUCCUGUGGAACCCAAUGUAGGACUCUCAAUCCUGGAUUUUUUGGUGAACUGGGGAUUCCCUCUGCUCUUUCUUGGGUUGCUGUUUCUGAGAAAUUCAUCAGUGAAUACUCCGGGAGGCCCCAACUUGCCUUUUGGCCUGGGAAGGUCUAAAGCCAAGUUUCAGAUGGAACCAAACACAGGAAUCACAUUCGACGACGUGGCCGGUGUUGAUGAAGCAAAGCAAGACUUCAAAGAGAUUGUUGAGUUCUUGAAGUCCCCAGAGAAAUUUGCUGCCGUGGGAGCAAGGAUCCCAAAGGGUGUUCUCCUGGUUGGCCCGCCUGGAACUGGGAAGACUUUGCUGGCUAAAGCCAUAGCAGGGGAAGCAGGGGUCCCUUUCUUUUCCUUGUCAGGUUCUGAGUUCAUCGAGAUGUUCGUCGGGGUAGGGGCUUCCAGAGUGAGGGACUUGUUUAAUAAGGCAAAAGCGAACUCUCCAUGCCUGGUCUUCAUCGACGAGAUUGAUGCGGUCGGAAGACAGAGAGGAACUGGAAUUGGAGGAGGGAAUGAUGAACGAGAACAAACAUUGAACCAACUGCUUACUGAAAUGGAUGGUUUCAGUGGGGAUAGUGGAGUUAUUGUAAUUGCUGCGACGAACCGGCCGGAAAUUCUUGAUUCAGCCUUGCUGAGACCAGGAAGAUUUGAUAGACAGGUGACAGUCGGAUUGCCUGAUGUCAGAGGAAGGGAAGAAAUACUGAAGGUCCAUAGCAGCAACAAGAAGCUUGACAAGGGUGUCUCUCUCACUGUCAUAGCCAUGAGAACACCAGGGUUUAGUGGCGCAGACCUAGCAAACCUGAUGAAUGAAGCAGCUAUUCUCGCAGGAAGAAGAGGCAAAGAUAAAAUAACAGCGAAAGAGAUUGAUGAUUCAAUUGAUCGGAUUGUUGCGGGCUUGGAAGGAACCAAAAUGACAGAUGGGAAAAGCAAGAUGCUGGUGGCGUAUCAUGAGAUUGGGCAUGCCAUUUGUGCGACGCUCACUCCUGGGCAUGACCCAGUGCAAAAGGUUACUCUGAUUCCCCGGGGCCAAGCUCGAGGUCUUACCUGGUUCCUGCCAGGCGAAGACCCAACUCUGAUUUCAAAGCAACAAAUCUUUGCAAGAAUAGUAGGCGGCCUAGGAGGUCGGGCAACAGAGGAAGUAGUAUUUGGUGAACCAGAGGUCACUACUGGCGCAGCUGGGGACCUGCAGCAGAUAACACAGAUUGCAAAACAGAUGGUCACCAUGUUUGGGAUGUCUGAGAUUGGGCCAUGGGCACUGAUGGAUCCAGCAGUGCGAAGCGGUGAUGUAGUAUUGAGAAUGCUAGCUAGGAAUUCUAUGUCCGAAAAACUUGCAGAAGAUAUCGACAAGGCAGUGAAAGCAAUAAUUGACAGAGCUUAUGAAAUUGCAAAGACUCACAUAAGGAAUAAUCGAGCAGCUAUGGACCAGUUGGUUGAGGUGUUGCUAGAGAAGGAAACUCUCACUGGAGAUGAAUUCAGAGCCAUUUUGUCCGAGUUCACCGAUGAUGAGGUGGACAGAAGCGAAAGGCAAACUCAAUGCCUCGCCCUCCUCCAGUCCUGCUCCUCCAUGGCUGACCUCCGCCAAAUCCACGCCCACGUCAUCGCCUCCGGCCUCCUCCGCCGCGACAAAUUCCUCGCUAGCGAGCUGCUCCGCUUCUGCGCCCUCUCCCCCUCCGGGAGCCUCCCUUACGCUCGCUCUCUCCUCGCCCACUCCCCCGAUCCCUCCAUGCGCUCCUCCUGGAACCACCUCAUCCGUGGCUACAGCCAGAGCGACUCCCCAGGGGAUUCCCUUUUUCUCUAUCUCCAGAUGCGUCGUCAUGGAUUGAGACCCAAUGAGCUCACCUUUCCCUUCGUCUUCAAGGCCUCCGCCCACCUCGCGGCCCUCCAGCUCGGGAGGCAAGCCCAUGCUGAUGCUCUAAAGACCGGUUUCGAUUCGAUUGUCUAUGUCCAGAACACUCUCAUGCUUUUCUAUGGGUCAUGUCGCAAGAUCAAGGAUGCGCGGCGGGUGUUCGAUGGUAUGCCUCUUAGAACAGUUGUUUCGUGGAACACCAUCUUAUCGACUUACGUCGAUAACUUGCUCCCGGAAGAAUCGAUCGCCGUGUUUACUCAGAUGAGGAGUUGCGGGUUCGAGCCCGACCAGACAACAUUUGUCGUCUUGCUCUCUGCUGCUGCUGAGCUUGGAAGCCUGAGGUUUGGAAGAUGGCUUCAUGGCGAUAUCAUCGGAAGGGGAUCGGAUAUCAAUCUCCAGCUGGGUACAGCGCUCGUCAACAUGUAUGCAAAGUGUGGAUCUGUAAAUUAUGCUAGACGUGUGUUUGAUAGAAUGCCAGUGAAGAAUGUGUGGACUUGGAGUGCCAUGAUUCUGGGAUGCGCUCAGCAUGGUUCAGCUAAACAAGCUCUUGAACUCUUCUCCGAGAUGAAAAAAGCCUCGAUCGAACCUAAUUACGUGACAUUUCUUGGGGUUCUUUGUGCUUGCAGCCAUGCCGGUUUGGUUGAUGAUGGGUAUGGAUUCUUUCAUGAGAUGGUGCAUGUCCAUGGCAUUGAGCCGAUGAUGACACAUUACAGUGCCAUGGUUGAUGUACUCGGUCGCAAGGGUCAUCUUCGCGAGGCCUGCGACUUUAUCAGGAGCAUGCCUGUCGAGCCCGAUGCAGUCGUCUGGAGGACAUUGUUAAGUGCAUGCCAGUUGCAUAGCUCUAAAGAUAAAACUAGUAUUGUAGAGGAUGUGAAGAGAAGAUUGCUCAAGCUGGAGCCAAGACGAACUGGAAACUAUGUAAUGGUUGCCAACAUGUACUCGGAGGCUGGAUCAUGGGACGAAGCUGCUAAAGUGCGGAGGAUGAUGAGAGAAGAAGGGUUGAAGAAGGUGGCUGGGGAGAGUUGUGUCGAGCUGGGUGGAUCUAUUCAUAGAUUUAUCUCAGGGGAUGAUUCCUGCCUGGAACUUGAAUAUGUAUAUGAAGUAUUAGAUGGUCUGCACUUGAACAUCAAAAUGAUUGACUGUAUCGGCACAAAUUCUUUUACAAAUUCAAUAAAAAAAUUAUAGUUAUGAAUUUUUA